GUAUCCCCACCAAGAAAGCAAAAACAGGUGCUCUCCAACAGAUUGAUGAAACUCCCUUCUUGACUCAACCAAUGGAUCAUUCUUUCACCCAAGAACGACCAAGUCCCUUCAUUGAUCAAAGCAAAAUCCAACGUUCUCGCUGCUCAACUUCCAUGAUCCUCAUCCAAGUUGAACCUGUAAAUCUUGGUCCUCAAUGAGAUGAACGGUAGACAAGAUACCUCCUGUUAGCGUAGAAAAUGUCAAACAAAUGAGUUCAGAGAAUGAACAUUCAAAGGGGAGGGCGCCUCUCGCGCUUUCGUUGAAACGGAAAAUCCUUAGAGUGGAAGGUGUCUCCUCGAUAUGCUCUGUGGCUCUGCUGCAAAUUCUUCCUCCUUCCUCCCCCCUCCUUAGUCGGUUGACACAGGCAGCAGGCAGGUGUCUCAAUUCGAAGCUUCUCCCUCUCUCUCUUUCACACACACACUGACACAGAGUUCCUCCCAGCGUUCUGUCCAAUUCCUGAACAAAGUCCUAUCCACGAGAGGGCCUUCCGCUUUGCCAUACAAGGAGGAGGUCAAGUGGUUGAUCAGGCAGCGUCUGUUGAGCCUGCUUCAGGAAUUCCACAACGACGGCCGGACGGUGAAUCUCCUGCAGGCCGUCCCCUUGUUGUGCCAGCUAGUCACUUACAACAUCACCGUUGACGGAGCACGCUCAUCGGACGCCGCGAUGCCUAUUGCCAUGUGAGGAUGGAUACGUUCAUCGGACGCGGCGAGGCCUAUUGCGAUGUAAGGAUGGAUACGCUCAAGAGACGAAGCGAUGACUAUUGCGAUUCGAGAAUGGAUACCGUCAUCGGACACUAUAUGGAUACGCUCAUCGGACGCGGUGAUGCCCAUUGCGAUCCGAGGAUGGAUACGUUCAUCGAACGCAGCGAUGCCUAUUGCGAUCCAAGGAUGGAUACGCUCAUCGAAUACUAUAUGGAUAUGCUCUUCGGGCGCUGCGAUGUCUAUUGCGAUCCGAGGAUGGAAACGCUCAUGGAACGUGGUGACACCGAUUGCGAUCCGAGGAUGGAAACGCACAUCGAACGCGGCGAUGCCUAUUGCGAUCCGAGGAUAGAUAUGGCGAGGAAUAUUAGUCUUCUCUUCGGUAGGGACCCCCCUUUGUGCACCACGCAGCCUGCUCCUGUAGUGCACAGGAUUCAGAACCAGUAUCAGGGUUCUGCGUCCUCUACGACGGUGAGAAGGCCGUCCUCCCCGUCGCCCUCUUCUUCGGCUUCGGACCAUCCGCCACCAAGUGUUCGUCCGAGCAACGUUGCGCCUCCAACCCCACCCUACGGCCGGACGGUGCCGCCAUCUCCUCAAAGACCCAAUAGCGACGACCCAUCUGAGGUUCUCAAGAAGAAGCUGCUGGAGAUGCUUCAUUCUGAUACUGUUGCAUUGAGGAAGUCGAGGGAAGCGGAGACGGACUCGGUCGUCCGGGCGCAGCGGGAGUUGAAGCGGCGGGGGCGACAGAUAGAUGAAGGGCUGAGGCAGAUGAUGGACGAGAAGGAGGGGUUGGAGCAGUUGCUUCAGAAGGUUCUUAUGAACACGGAUCUGCUUGGGACGUGGCUGAGAGAAAAAGGGGAGAAGAAUAUGUUGGUGAUCGACGACGACGAGGGACGGACCCAGGAUUUUCAUGGGCGGAUGAAACAGUUUAACUCUCGAUUUGGGUGGGCCCGAAUUAAACACAAUGUAUUUUUUUUCCUUUUCAGUUGGCUGGGGUGGGGCCAUGGCCCAAGUGGCCCACCCCCACUCUCCGCCCCCGACGACGUUUUUGAACCCUGCGAUCCUCUGUCUCGGCAGAUGCUUGAAUGCAUUGCUUUCGAUCGCGCAAUUGAGGAUACAUUCUACUCCCUCGAUGAGGCAAUGCGGCAAGGAGUUAUCCCCUUCGACGCGUACAUGAGGAAUAUAAGAGCUCUGUCUCGAGAGCAAUUCCUCCAUCGAGCAACUUCUGCAAAAGUCAUGGCAGCUCAAAUGCAGUCUGUUAUUACGAGUAUGGCUUCUCGCGCUACUCCUUAUGGCGUUUGAAUCAGAUGACACUGCCGCCUGAUUGCAUUUCUCCUUCCAAGUUUCGGUGAUGGGUACGUACUGCCAAAUUGGUGUCCGUGGAGUUAUCUUGGAUACUGCCAAGUUGAGAACUGAUCGAUUGGUUCCCUUCCUGAAGGUCUUUCGUGUGCAAACUGUAAUUCUGAGAACUUGAGUUCAUGGGGAGUGUUCGGUUCUCUUGAUGAUGCAUACUUGUACAGUUUUCUUCUGCUGUUUUUUAGUGAGGAAUUUACAGGAUAUUACUGGUACUUGGUCUGUGCUGUUUCAGAGGCAUCC